GCUACGCCUGUGUUGUGACUUGUGUGCGCGCGUAAAGCGUUAUAGUAUAUAAAUCGUGUUCCUACCAACGAACAAUCUACGUCGGUUGUCAAAAAAUCUGUAUGAUAUCCUUAAUCUUGCGGCGAAAACAUCAGUAGUAGAGCAACCGCAUCCGCUCGUGCUUAUCAGUCGUUCCGUUGGGCGAUUUUCUAUAAACAAUAAUAUUUAUACUUACGUGUAUUGUACCUAUUAUAAUAAUUGUACAAUAACUUCAUAAUAAUAAUAUAUUCCUCGCGUAUCCAUUGAAUCGGCACCGUUAGCUUUCGUCGUCCGUAACUGGCCGUCAACCGAGUCUAUCAUACUAAUGAUAUUAUUAAUGUCCUAAGCAGUCUUUAAAAACCGUUCUACGGUCCAAGUACAACAAUUGUCAACCGAGAGACACCGCUACUACAAUUUGGAAUCGCAAUAAUUUAAAUACAUUAACACAGAAAUAAACAUGGAGAGUCCAGCACCGAAUCCAGUGAAAAAAGUUCCCAUACAUUUACAGAGCUCCCAAAAUCGAGUACUAAUAAAAAACGGAAAGGUUGUUAACUAUGACAAGAUAAUGGAUAAUGAUAUUUUUGUUGAAGAUGGAAUCAUUAAAAUGAUUGGUCGUAAUCUUGUGAUACCAGGAGGGACAAGAGUAAUUGAUGCAAGUUCAAUGCUUGUUAUGCCAGGUGGUAUCGAUCCGCACACACAUUUGGAGAUGGAAUUUAUGGGAGCAGUAUCUGUCGAUGAUUUCUAUCAGGGAACCAAAGCCGCCAUAGCCGGGGGAACUACUAUGAUAAUUGAUUUUGCUCUGUCGAGUAAAGGAGAAUCGUUGAUGGAUACAUAUCAAAAAUAUCGAACCCGAGCAACCAAUAAAGUAUGUUGUGAUUAUGGUUUGCACGUCUGUAUAUCAUCAUGGUCAGAUCAGGUAAGAAAAGAAAUGGAAGAGCUUAGUACGCGACACGGUGUGAAUUCGUUCAAGAUGUUUAUGGCUUACAAAGGAGCAUUUAUGUUGGAUGAUUCUGAACUGUAUAAUACUUUUGAAGCAUGUAAAGAACUUGGUGCUCUGCCGAUGGUUCAUGCAGAAAACGGAAACAUUAUACACGAGAAUACAAAGAGAUUAUUGAAAUCCGGUAUCAACGGUCCUGACGGUCAUGGGUUGUCACGCCCCGAAGACGUUGAAGCAGAGGCUGUCAAUAGAGCGUGCACAUUAGCAAAUCAAGUGGGAACACCACUUUACGUUGUGCACGUUAUGAGUAAAUCGGCCUCUGAAGUUCUAACUAAACAUCGUAAAAACCAACUGCAACGCAGUGGAAAAACAAACAUAUAUGGCGAGACAUUGGCUGCAGCCGUGGGAACACAUUGGGAUUCAACUAAAAUGAAGUGUUGGCACGAUGCGGCUGCUCAUGUAUUGAGUCCACCUUUAAGAGAAGAUCCGAAUACACCAUCCUUUCUAUUGGAAAUGUUAGCAAAAGAUAAUUUGCAAACUACCGGAAGUGACAAUGCUACUUUUAGUUCUGAUCAGAAAGCCAUGGGCAAAGGAGACUUCAGUAAAAUACCAAACGGAGUUAAUGGCGUCGAAGAUCGUAUGUCGGUAAUUUGGGAAAAAGGCGUCGAGUCUGGGAUACUUGAUCCGUGCAGAUUUGUUGCGAUUACCAGCACCAAUGCCGCAAAGAUCUUUAAUAUUUUUCCAAGAAAAGGUUACAUAGAUGUAGGAUCUGAUGCUGAUAUUGUUGUGUGGAAUCCGAGGGCUAAACGUACAAUAUCGUCAAAAACUCAUCAUCAGGCUGUCGAUUACAAUAUAUUCGAGGGAAUAGAGUGCCACGGUGUUCCAGAAUAUGUGUUGGUGGGCGGACGAGUUUGUCUGGAUGAGGGACAUCUGAAAGUUGUUCAGGGACAUGGCAAAUACGUUUCCAUGCCGACACAUGCAGAUUUUGUUUAUGCAAAUGAGUCAAAAGCUUUGGAAGAGGAAGUCGAUACUGGGAAAAAAUCCAACGGAAGGCAUGAAUAUUUUGAAAAUUUCAAACCGGCCGGUUUAAAAAUAUCUCCAGCCUCGAGCGUCACUAGCGAGAUAUCAAACUGUUCAAAAGCUUCAACGAUUCACACCGGCAGAGCUAUGCGCAUGGAAGGACAACGCGAUCUUCAAAGUUCUUCGUUUUCGCUCAGCUCCGACAACAAUGACGUCAAGAAAUCAAGUAUUCGUGUCAGGAAUCCACCCGGUGGACAGUCAAAUGGUUUUUGGUAAUAUGUAUUGUAAACAACAGUAGUGUGUAUUAUUUAUUUCUAUUUUUUGAACCUAGUCCCAAAGAGUGAUUCAUCAUUGUACCUAUUUUUAUCUAUAUUUACUUACUUAAAACAACAAUUGAUAGACAAUUUGUAUUACUUUCGAUUUCAUUUUGCUUGGUAACAAAAUUAUUACCGUCAAAUUCAUUAUUUGUUUUAUAAGCUAGUUAAUUUUACACAUCAAGACGUUUUACGAAAUCUUAAAAUUUAUAUUUAUAUAUAAUAUAUAUACAUAGACUGCUUGGUAGCUAAUUUAUUUAUUAAGUUUAAUACAAUCACUC